GUAAUGUGCGGGGAACGCACCAUAUCGUCGCUUCCUGUUUGAUGGUUACUCUAUUCCCAUAAUGCAUUGCGUAGGCAUUGAGAAUGGCUGAUUUUGGACUAGGAGUGUUGUCCGAAUGAGAAUGACUGUGUUCUUUUUGUGCUAUACCAGCUGCCAUUCCUUAAAUAAAUUUUAAUAUCAAAGCCCGCGAGGUUAAUUCUACAGGUUAUAUGCAUUUGUAAUCGUCCUGUGAGCAGCCAACGAGUCCCUGCAUUUCUCUUCGGUGAGAACUUGAUCAAUUAUGGUCAGCAAGCAGCCUGAGGAGCCGAGUGCUACCAUGUUAGCGUCAAUAACCAGCAUCUUCUUGUGAUAGCUGACCAGAGCCAAAAUGGCAGGAGUUGUAGCCAAGCGUGAGGGACCACAGUUCAUCAGUGAAGUGGCCGUGAGGGGCAAUGCUGCUGUGCUGGACUACUGUCGCACCUCUGUCUCCGCUCUGUCUGGAGCAACAGCUGGCAUCCUCGGGCUGACCGGACUUUACGGCUUCAUUUUUUAUUUCCUGUCCUCAUUUCUCCUUUCUCUGCUGCUCAUUCUCAAGGCCGGACGGCGGUGGAAGAAAUGCUUCAAAUCACGGCGUCUGCUUUUUACCGGAGGCCUUGUUGGAGGUCUUUUUACAUAUGUGCUGUUUUGGACUUUUCUUUAUGGAAUGGUGCAUGUGUACUAAAAUAAUGUCAUGUAUAACCAUGAAUUCACCACUUAAUGCUAGUAAAUCAGUAAUAUUUGUCAACCCUCCUUGUAGAUAAGCCAUACAUUUUUCUAUUACGUACUGGUGAUGUGUCAGAGGAUGUAUCAGCAAUUGCUGUAUGCAGAGUAAACUGUCCUGCCCGUGACUGACCUAAUUAAACCUGUAAAUCCUGCUCUGUGCAUCAUCUCUACCAGAGUAUGAGGCCCAGUUAUUAUAAUGCAAAUUGUAGUAUAACCUAGAUAUAAGAAGAUUAUAUGCUAACAAGGUGUGACAUUAUACUAUGUACAAUACUAUGGUCUGAUAAUAACAAAUGUAAUAACUUAUAAAUACCUCUACAAAUUGUAUACAUUAUUAAUCACUGCCUGUCACUUGUUGCCAUCACAAAAUUAGCACAUCAAAUACAUUGUGUCCAACAGUAAAGAACAUUCAAUAAAAUGAAACAGGAAAGAGA